AUGGCUCAGUUAAUCUCACCUGUGUGUACAGAUGCUCUCAAAUUUCAGAACCCGAUAUUGGGUUUGUCUUCCACUGGGUCAUGGCGCAUGUUACCGAAGACUUCCAUUGACCAUUGGAGUUUGAUGGGUCGUGGUCGUAAGAGAAGUAGUUGUGGCAAAAUAAAGGUUGCAACAGAGGAUUCUUCUCCGACUGGUGCGAUCGCCGACGACUACUAUUCCGUUUUGGGCCUCCUUCCAGACGCCACACCUGAGCAGAUCAAGAAAGCCUAUUACAGUUGUAUGAAGGCUUGCCAUCCGGAUUUGAGUGGGGACGACCCAGAAACCACAAAUUUCUGCAUGUUCAUCAACGAUGUCUAUGAGGUUCUUAGUGACCCAGUGCAGAGAAUGGUUUAUGAUGAAAUUCAUGGAUAUGCCUUGACAGCAAUCAAUCCUUUCUUCAAUGACACGAGCCCCAAGGAUCAUGUGUUUGUGGACGAGUUUAGCUGCAUAGGUUGCAAAAAUUGCGCGAAUGUGGCCCCUGAUGUAUUUAAUAUUGAGGAAGACUUUGGAAGAGCUAGAGCUUACAGCCAGUGUGGAAAUCCUGACCGAGUUCAACGAGCAGUUGAUAGUUGCCCAGUUGAUUGUAUCCAUAUGAUAUCGGCUGCACAACUCUCUUUGCUUGAAGACGAAAUGCGCAGGGUAGAAAGAAUAAAUGUUGCACUGAUGCUCUCUGGAAUGGGAUCUGCAGGAGCCGAUGUUUUCAGAAUGGCAAGUUCUCGAUGGGAAAAGAGGCAAGCAAAAGUUUUGGAACAAGCUAAACUGAGGAUGAUGAAACAGAAAUAUUCUGGCAAAACUGAAUCAUAUUGGGAUAACCUUUGGGGCAAGCCCAGAGACUACCAAAAUUCAGAGGAGGAAAUUGAAGAGAGGGCAAGGAGAGCUGCUGCAGCUGCUCGAAGAUGGAGGGAGUACUCGAGGAAGGGUGUUGACAAGCCUCCCACAUUUAAGCUUCCAGAGGCAUUGUCCAACAAGGAGUGAUGACCAUUCAACUUCAGUACAUUAUCCUUUCCGAACACAACUGUAAGUAAAAUAUCGACGGGUUGUCAUUGAACAUUUAAGAUUAAUUAGUCAUGUCAUUCAUAUGGAUUGUACUGGGUUUGACUGUGUAUAUAUGGUUUAUUGAAUGAAAUUAUAUAUAGGAAAAAUGCUACCUCAUUA